GGAAUAGAGAUUGAAUCAGUCUGUCUGGACACUUCUUCUGUUCUCCGUUUAUUAGUAGUGGAUGCACAUAUUUCCCGAUCUCGUCGACCUCCUUCGUCCCACCACGUCUACGCUAUUCAUACGUACAUAAUAAACACACCCCCCUCACAUUCUACUUACUACUACUUCCCUCUCCUCCUUUUCCCAACUCUCUCUCUCUCUAUCUCUAACAUGGCUGCUCCAACGCCCCUUCUGAAAGACGAGCUCGACAUUGUCAUACCCACCAUUCGAAACCUUGAUUUCCUCGAGAUGUGGAGGCCAUUCUUCGAACCCUACCAUCUGAUCAUCGUCCAGGACGGUGACCCUUCCAAGACCAUCGACGUCCCUCCUGGAUUCGACUACGAGCUCUACAAUCGCAACGACAUUAACAAGAUUUUGGGUCCCAAAGCUUCCUGCAUUUCCUUCAAGGACUCCGCUUGUCGAUGCUUCGGUUACAUGGUCUCCAAGAAGAAGUAUAUAUUCACAAUUGACGACGAUUGUUUUGUUGCUAAAGACCCAUCUGGCAAAGAUAUCAAUGCACUAGAACAACACAUCAAGAACCUUCUCUGUCCAUCAACUCCCUUUUUCUUCAACACCCUGUAUGAACCUUUCUGGAAGGGUGCAGACUUUGUCCGUGGAUACCCUUUCAGCUACCGUGAGGGUGUUCCAACUGCUGUUUCACAUGGCCUCUGGCUCAAUAUCCCAGAUUAUGAUGCUCCAACACAGCUUGUGAAGCCUCGUGAGAGGAACACUAGGUAUGUGGAUGUGGUUAUGACAAUUCCGAAGGGUACUCUUUUCCCCAUGUGUGGUAUGAAUCUAGCCUUCGACCGUGAGCUUAUUGGCCCUGCAAUGUACUUUGGACUCAUGGGUGAUGGUCAGCCAAUUGGGCGAUAUGAUGAUAUGUGGGCUGGAUGGUGCACCAAGGUGAUAUGUGACCAUUUGGGAUUAGGAAUCAAGACAGGGCUGCCCUACAUUUGGCACAGCAAAGCUAGCAACCCAUUUGUGAACCUAAAAAAGGAGUACAAGGGCAUAUUCUGGCAAGAAGAUAUCAUUCCAUUUUUCCAGUCCGCCAUUCUUCCAAAGGACUGCACAACUGUUAAAAAAUGCUACAUUGAACUGUCCAAGCAGGUGAAGGAAAAGCUUGGGAAAGUAGACCCCUACUUUGUAAAGCUAGGUGAUGCCAUGGUCACAUGGAUCGAAGCUUGGGAUGAGCUCAACCCAGAAAAGGAUUCUGCCAAUCUGCCCAAUGGUUCUGCCAAAUGAAGAUUUUGAUUAUCAGUAACUUCAUUUAGUUUGCAAUAGUUAUGAAUUUAAUUCUUUUCAGCCAAUGUAUUUUUUCUCUCUUUCUUAUUUAUCAGAUUGUUUGGCUUGGAGAUUGAUGGUUAUAAUAGCUUAUUAUUUUUCAUUCCAUGAGAUUAGAACAAUAAACGGUAGUCCAUUUAGCUUUGA